AUGGCCUCCACGGAACAACUUCCCUCUAGUCUCCCAGACCCAACAGUUCAUAUAACAACGCACAACUCCUCUGGCAAAGCCACACUCUACUCUUCAUCUCAGAAUCAAUGGGCUUGGUUCCCCGAAAGAGCCGUGGGAUUCAACGUGAUCUAUACCACUUCAUCCUUCCCGGCCUCGCUGAACGGGGAUGCCGACAUUGAUUCCCACAAAGCGACCAUGUCCAGCGGUAAGCUCGGACUCGUCAAGAAAGGCGGUACAGUCUGCCGUAUCGUUGAUUUUGGUCCGGGCGGCACUCCACUGAUGCAUCGCACGCAAAGCCUGGACUACGGAGUGGUAUUGGAGGGAACCAUUGAAAUGGAGUUGGACGACGGCAGUGUGACUCUUUUGAAGCGUGGGGAUAUUGCUGUGCAGCGAGGUACGAAUCACGCGUGGAGAAAUCCCAGCAAGACAGACUGGACGAGGAUGUUGUUCGUCUUGCAGGACUGUCAGCCAGUGCUUGUUGGGGGAGAAAGGCUCCAUGAAGAGCUUGGGGAGGGAGGAAAAGAUAUUCCGCGAAGUGGCAAUGAUGAUUGA